CAGACAUAGGACAGGAAAAAAAAGCAAAGUGAUCCAUUGAACCAAAAGUAUUUGCCCUCUCUUAAUUACAUUUUGUCCCAUAUCUUUUUUUUUUUUUUCUGUACUUAAAGACCUUUGGUUAGUGGUAAUUUGCUAGAGGAGAAUAAAACCAGCCGUUCAGAAGAGGAGUGGUGCAUUCUGGAGCGAGAUGGCUAACAGAAAGGUUCUAUCACUCCUUCAAGGAUUCUUCUACUUAGCUCUGAUUCAACCGUCACUUCAAGGAGGUGUGUAUGUGCCCGCUGGAGUCCGACCAGGCGCAGGAGAUGCUGGUAUUUACCCAGGAGCCGGAACAGGCUUCAAACCAGCUAAAACUGGGGCAGCAGGUUAUGGAGGACGGGGUGAUGUUGGUGCUGGAGGUCUGGUUCUUGGUGGAGGGCCUGGAAGCUUAGCAGGAUGUUAUGGGAGUCUUGGCAGUGUUGGGGGUCUUGGAGGAGGUGGAUAUGGAACUGGUCCUGGUUACGCCAAGCCUGGAGCUGGUUAUGGAGGAGGCUCACCAUAUGGAGGAGUGAAUCAUGGCGGUAGGGGUGGGGUAAUCUUCCCUGGAGCUGGACAGGGACAGAAGGCAGGGCCAAAGCCCGGCUAUGGUGCUGGAGGCUAUGGCGGUGGUGGAUUACAGCCUGGUUUAGGAGGUGCAGGAGGAGCGACAUUAGGAGGAGGAGAAUUAGGGCCAGGAGCUGCGGUACCCGCCGGAGUCCCUGUUAUUCCUCAGACUGGCCUGCCUGGAGGUGGUCUAGGACCAGGAGCUGGAAAAGGAAAGGCUCCAAAAGGAGGAGUCCCAGGAGUGGGUGUUCCUGGACUUUACCAAGGUGGCCAGGUUCCAGGACAAGGGUUUGGUGGUCGUGGAGUGUUGCCCGGGGUGGCCACUGGAAGCGGACUUUAUCCCAAAUCAUUGCCAGGUGGAGCUCAGCAGGGUCCAGGAGGGGCAGGCCGGGGUGGUUAUGGAGGAUCAAUGCAGCCAGGAGUGUUUCAUGGAUACCCACUGAAAACACCCAAAGCACAAGGCGCUUAUGGAGCAAAAGCUGGAGGAGCUGGAGGAAAAGCUCCAUUUGGCUACGGGGGUUUUGGAGGUGGAGCUGGCCUUCCAGGGGGAAAAGGAGGUCCUGGAUCUAAGCCUGGGUACCCAGUUGGAACUGGAGUAGGGACAGGAGUUCUUAGCCCGGCCCAGGCUCAGGCUAAAGCUGCUAAAUACGGUGCUGGACUGGGAGGCGCAAGUGGUGUGCCCGGUGCAGGAGGAGCCUACCCAGGAGCAGGAGGAGCCUACCCAGGAGCAGGAGGAGCCUACCCAGGAGCAGGAGGAGCCUACCCUGGAGCAGGAGGAGCCUACCCUGGAGGAUAUAAUCCAGCUGCUGCCAAAGCUGCAAAAUAUGGACUCCCAGGAGGAGGUGCAGGGGGAAUUCCCGGAGCUGGAUCAGUCGCAGGACUACCUGGAGGACUACCUGGAGGACUACCUGGAGGACUACCUGGAGGAGUACCUGGAGGAGUACCUGGAGCAUAUAACCCUGCUGCGGCAAAAGCUGCUAAAUAUGGAGCAAGUCUAGGAUCUGGAGGACUUGGAGGAGGACUUGGAGGAGGACUUGGAGGAGGACUUGGAGGAGGACAUGGAGGAGUACCAGGAGCAGGGGGUGUCCCUGGGGCUGGAGGAUACAAUCCCGCAGCAGCUAAAGCUGCUAAAUAUGGCUAUGGAACGGGAGCCAGGCCUCCCUAUUACGGUGUUCCAGGGGCCACUGGAUUUGGGGGAGCAGGAGCUGUCCCUUUGGCUGGUGGGUACAAUCCUGCUGCCGCUGCUAAAGCUGCGAAAUAUGGAGUCCCAGGAGCAGGACUUGGAGCAGGAGGACUUGGGGGAGCCGGUGGAGGACCGGGAGCAGGGGCUGGAGUAGGUUACAAUCCUGUAGCUGCUGCCAAAGCUGCUAAAUAUGGCCUCCCAGGAGGAGCAGGGGCAAGCCUAGGAGCUGGUGGACUUGGUACCGGAUAUGGGGGAGUUCCAGGAGCAGGGGUGGUACCUGGGGCUGGAGGAUACAUUCCCUCUGCUGCCAAAGCUGCUAAAUAUGGUCAGGGGGUUGCAGUUGGGACUGGGGGUGUACCAGGAGGUGGAUAUGGUGCCUUGUCGAAUGGAGGAUUUCUUAGACCUGGGGGUUAUGGAGGAGUACCAGCAGGAUCUGCUGCUGCGGCCAAAGCCGCUAAAUACGGCAUACCAGGAGGCACAGGAGCAGCCCUAGGAACUGGAGGAGUACCAGCCGGAGGAAUACCAGUCAGAGGCACAGGAGUAGGAGGAUAUAAUCCGGCUGCAGCCAAAGCUGCUAAAUAUGGUACCGGAGUAGUUCAAGGAGGAGCUGGAGGAGUUCCAGGGGCGGGGUCAAUACCAAUAUAUGGAGGACAUCUGGGAUAUGGAGGGGUACCAGCAGGUUCAGCUGCUGCAGCUAAAGCUGCUAAAUAUGGAGUACAAGGAGGAGCUGGCAUUGCAGGGGUACCAGGAGGUGGAUUUGGAGGUUAUAACCCUGCUGCAGCCAAAGCUGCAAAAUAUGGAGUCCAAGGAGGUGUGGGGACAGGCCAAGUAGCUGGAGGAGAAACAGGAGGUGUGCCAACAGGAGUGGGGACUGGAGGAUAUGACCUCGCAGCUAAAGCUGCUAAAUAUGGUAUGCCCUCAGGUGUGGGUGGAGAAGGUGUGCAAGCACCCGCAGUGACUCCUGGAACAGGUGUGGGUGUUGGCAUCGGAGGCACUGGUGUACCAGCAGGCACCAAGAUACCUAUUGCAAGCAAACCAGAUCCCUCUCCUAUUGUCACAAUUGGCACACAGGCCCCAGUGCCAGAGCCCACUGGCGCCACAAAAGUACCAGGAGUUGGUGCUGGGGUGAUUCAACCUGGUGGUGUGGGUGAUGGCACUGUUGGGAAACCCCCUAAACCUCCAGGUGCAGGGGGAUACCCGUAUGGUGGCUAUGGACAGGGUGCUGCUGGAUAUCCAAAUGGAGGAGGCUAUGGAAUUCCUUACGCAGCAGGAGCUGGACAACUUCCUGGAGCAAAACCCUUGAAACCCCCAGUUGUGGGAGGGGCUGGGGGUGUGGCCAGAGGGGCCGGUAUUCCUCUUACUGGAGCUGGUGGUGCAGGGGGAUACCCAUAUGGUGGUUAUGGACAGGGUGUGAGGUAUCCCGCUGGUGUUGGCCUGGGAGCAGGGGCAGGAGUAGGGCAGAAAGCACCCAAACCACCAGGUUACGGUACCCUGGGUACUGGAGGUGUUGGUUAUAAUCAAGGUGCUCCUGUAGUCCCAGGUUACGGAGGUGGCUAUCCACAACAAGCCUACCCAGGAGCGUAUGGAGCAGGCCAGACGGCCCCACUAACACCUCAGCAAGCCAAAGCAGCAAAGUAUGGCCCACUUCAGGGCUUCCUUGGAGGAGCAGGAGGCUAUAGGCCUGGAGGAGUGGCCAGUGGAUGCCAAGGCAAAUACUGUGGAAGGCGAAAGUAACAAAUGUUGCUUAGUUGAACCUCAAUAAACAAUGGUGCUACUGCAUGAUCUAGAAUGUAAAUUUUAUAUUCAAAUAUUCCCUGUUGCAUUGUGUAAAGAUAUGUUGUACCUUAUUUGACUCAAGAUAUUUUUGAUACAAACCCACCGACCAAGACAUUUUGCACACAUUUGAUUGUGACUUCAUGUUUUUGAUUGUGCCUCUAUCAUUAUGGUCAUGAUUCCCAUCCUCUUUUAUUGUCAUGCCUACAAUAGAUGCUCCCCUUUUAGUAGUUAAGUGUCUGGGUGUGUGCGCGUGUAUCCGUGAAUGCUUGUUUGAGUGAAUGAGUGUUUGCGUGAACGAAGGCCAGUGUGUCUGUGUGUCUCUCUGUGAGUGUGUGGGAGCUUGUACAUGUAGCAAUAGAUGUGAUUGUGAAAUAUUCUCCAACUAUUACAAUUAAGCAGGUAGUUAGCCUCUUUGAAUGCAGAGAGGUGAGCCAUGUUAAAAUAAAAGCAUCAGUAAGGUAACUGUAGUGCAUCUCUCCGUAUUGUCAAUAGCUUACUAUCCUGUCUGUGUGUACCAAAGUUCGAGGCCUUCACACACACUGACACAGAACGGAGGGUUGAGCUCCAAGGGGUGUGGUUGGUAAAGAGCUGACUAACUUUGGCCAUCAUCCAUGUUCAGAAUCACCUCUCAUGGCUUUCUAUCAUCUCUGCUGCUUUCUAUAACCCUGGAUGGAAUAGCAAUGACAUUGUGUGUGUGUGUGUGUGUGUGUGUGUGUGUGUGUGUGUGAGAAUGGGUGUGUGUCUGUCUGUGUGUGUGUGAGA